AUGGCUCGCUCUUCGCUCUUCGAGAUUCCUCGCCCUAAUUCCUUUCUCUACGCCAUGUCGCUGCGCACCGGCGUCGAGCUCAUCGUCCUGACCAUCCUCGUCAACAAAAUCACGGGCGUCUUCGGCAUCCUGGCCCUGUUCACGGGCUACCGCGUGUCGGCACUGCAGCUGUCCAUGUACGUGUACUCGAUCGGCGCGCUGUUGCUGACGGCGUACCUGGCGCGGUACAUACGGGCGGCGGACCCGCUGCGCUGCCUGGCACUGGCAUGGUUCUACGCGGUGGACACGGUCAUCAACGCCGCGUACACGGCGACGUUCGGCAUCGCAUGGUUCCUGGUGCUGGCGCAGCAGGACAAAGCCGCCGGCGGCAGCAUGAUGGACGACGCGUCGGGCUUCACGAACCCCAAGUACAACGUCAGCCACGUGGACGUGGUGGCGGAGCCAGCAUCGGGCCUGACGACGGGCCAGGAAGCGGUGGCAGCGGGCGCGUCGGCCUCGUCGUCGGGAGCAGAGUUCCCGGCCGCGGGCCUGGGCAGCGCCGUCUUCCAGAGCGGCAGCGUCGCCAGCAUCACCAUCAUCUCGUCACUGUGGGCCAUCCGCAUCUACUUCGUCAUCAUCAUGCUGGCGUACGCGCGCGUCGUGCUGCGCCAGCACAUUGCGCAGAGCUCGGCCGCAAACUACACGCUGCACACGGGCGCGGCGACGGACGCCCACGCCGAAAACCCCUUCGCUGCCGACCGCGAGCUCGGCGCGGGCUGGCCCGGCAAGCUGGGCCGCGUCAUGGUUGCCGUCGGCCGCUCGUACUGGCUUGGCUCCGACGACGACGGCGCCUGGAUGCGCGGCAUGGGCGGCAAGUUCCGCCGCGCCCACCAGAGCCCCCAGAUUAACCAGGUCCCGGGCGUGGCGGAGCGCGAGCGUCGCCGUAGGAGCGGGACUGGGCCGCCGGCGCCGACGGCUCCCCUGCCCAAGUUCGUGGGCACCCAGCAGCCUAUCACUGAGAACAAUUAA